CCGCCCCCUUCCCCGGUGGAUGCCGCCGGGAAGCGGGCGGAGCGCGCAGCCGGGGAGGGGGGCUGCCGCGGCCGCCGGAGUCCAUGCCAGUGCCCUCUCCUCCUCUUCCUACCAGAAUGCUUUACUUCCAGAUGGUGAUCAUGGCAGGGACCGUGAUGCUGGCUUAUUACUUCGAGUACACCGACACCUUCACGGUCAACCUGCAGGGCUUCUUCUGCUACGAGAGCGCCUACCGCAAGCCUUACCCGGGCCCGGAGGAGGGCAGCGCGGUGCCCCCCGUGCUCCUCUACUCGCUGGCGGCGGGGGUGCCAGUCUUGGUGAUUAUUGUUGGAGAAACUGCAGUGUUUUGCUUACAGAUGGCCACACAGGAUUUUGAAAACCAAGAAAAAACAAUAUUAACUGGAGACUGUUGCUAUAUAAACCCACUGGUGCGCAGGACUGUCAGAUUCCUUGGCAUUUAUGCAUUUGGACUUUUUGCAACAGACAUAUUUGUAAACGCUGGACAAGUAGUAACUGGGAAUCUUGCACCUCAUUUCCUCUCACUUUGCAAACCCAACUACACAGCUCUGGGAUGUCAGCAGUUUACACAGUUCGUCAGUGGUGCAGAGGCUUGCUCUGGAAAUCCCGAUCUUGUUAUGAAAGCCCGAAAAACUUUUCCUUCCAAAGAAGCAGCUCUGAGUAUAUAUGCAGCAACAUACAUCACUAUGUACAUCACCCACACAAUAAAGGCCAGAGGAACCAGGCUGGCAAAACCAGUUCUUUGCUUGAGCAUAAUGUGUAUGGCAUUUCUUACUGGCAUCAACAGAGUAGCAGAAUAUCGAAAUCACUGGUCAGACGUGAUAGCAGGAUUUCUAGUCGGUAUUUCAAUAGCUGUUUUUUUGGUGAUAUGUGUGGUUAAUAAUUUUAGAGGUAGGCAACCAGAACAAGAAGAGUCACACAUGGACAAUCUGGGACAAAUGUCUAUGAUCAGCAUCCCCCGUGUAGAACAUUCUGUAGUAAAGAACCACCUCACAGCCUUUGCAGAAGUCACAUGAUGGAGAAAGGGAUGUCUACUCGCUACAUUGGACGUCAUCUCUUUUCACAGCUCACUCGUAAUGACUGAAACAAUUUCAACAUUAAAGAAAAACUGAUUUGGUCUUAGAAUCUGAUCUAACAGCAUUAAAAUUUACAGCAACCUAGGAAGAAUAUGCCUGAGUUAAGAAUAUUUUCCAACUCCAACCAAAAGCAUCAUACCAUUUAGGGAUUGGGUGGGGAAGAGCAUGUCAUGUAAAACGUACCAUUUCCCUUGUUACGGCAUAUUUAUUUCCUAACUUGGUCAUGUAAGUAUUAGACUGUAUUCCAAAGGAGAUCUGGUCUUUAAAAUUCAGCAUGACACUUAACUCCCAUCUAAACCAAUUUCAGUGUACACUUUUCUAAAAGAAUCUUAUCCAGAACUCAGAUGCCACUGGCACUUCCUAUUAUAUAUUUCUCAUACCACAUUUCUUAAGA